UUGUGUUGGUAUAGAACUUUACAUAGAAUUAUACGACAUUUGUAUAAAUGUGCGUUACUAUUUGGAGGUCUUCGGUGCAAGCGUGGUCACAUAUGUGAAUGACAAUACAAACGGUGUAUCCAAAAUCACAUUUGAAGACCAUAGAAGAACAACAGCGAGGUGUAUUGAAGGAUUGAAAGCAAAGGAAGCCAAAGACUACUACUUCUUCACCUGUAUAGUCAAACAUGACAGCGUCUUGAGUCCUUCCUUGGUCACAUUCAACGAGGAAAAGGGCGUUUGGAUCUUAUUGUACCAAAAAUUCAAUUGUUACCUCAACAAUUGGGACUUGAAGAAAGAAAUACCAGAUUCAACGUCCCGACAAAUGUGGUGGCUCAAAUCAAUCAAGAGAAUCCUGAAGAGCAUUGCGUCCACCCACAAACAGAAACUAACCCACUCUGGUGUGGACAGGCAUUCCAGUUAUGUCAUUCAAGACGGGGAAUUAAAACUUCUAAACAUCAAGUCUCAGAAUGCUACCAUGUCUGAAGCAAGCAUGAGGGACGACUUCAUACAAUUCAGAGACUUUCUAAGGGAAAGGUUGCCAAAGACAUGGAGGGACCUAAACUUGUUUCUGGAUUUCUUCGACAAACCUAUAGAGUUCGAAAGCUAUGUUGAAAAACUCAAUAGACACCCUUUCCUCAUGAGUUCUCAGAACAGACUGAAGUACUUUUUCAGGAUAGAUCAGGCCUUUGAACAAAAUAUUAUAUCUCAACAUCACUUUGGAAAGAGUUUCAAAGAUGGUCCUUUUUCGGGGUAUAUGGGCUGGAAUUCAACCAGAAUGUACAACCGAAUGAGUCAAGACCUAAAAGCCACUGUCGAUUAUGGGAAAAGUCAUUGGAUAACUUACGAAGGUCAUCUGUUGGUUACGCUUGUUAUGUUUUUGAGGAAUGUCUAUGUGCACCGUGCCAAUUCUGGGAACUAUGAGCUUCUUGACAAGGAGGUCAAUAGAUUAUAUCCUGGAUUUUUAAGCAAUUUGCACGAGUUAUUGCCAUCAAAGGAAGAACUGAAUCGACCAACCGUCCAAAUGGAAGCAGAAGGAGAAGCAGGCCAGGGUCCAAGCUUGAGGUUAUUACAAGGGUAGUUUUGGAUGAGACAAGCAUUCGCUAGAAUUUAGGCAUCGUUUUUUAUUAGUUUGAGCAUA